AUGUCCAUGCUCCCGAACCCACUCUUGCCGGAACAACUGCCGAAGGCGCAGUUCCGCGCCGUCAUCCCCUGCGGCUUCGGUGUCGACCUCUUUCCCCUCGUCGAGCCCGCUGCAGACCUCACAUCGGACGAGGAGGACGCGAAACCGGCUGGAUUGCGCUCGCAUGGGAGGGGACAUGGGCAGAGUAAGGCGCUCUUGCCGGUUGCGGGGAAGAAGAUGAUUGAUUGGGUACUUGAGCGGGUCGAGGAAGCGGGUGUCUUUGACAUCCUCGUACUCGCCCCGACUUCCAUCUUGAAGCCGGUCGCACACCACCUCCGAGCCCGCCGCUCUGCUCCCUCGACUAGCAACACCUCCAGCCCUUCCGCCAAAGUCGAGCUGGAGGAAAUUCCUGAAGAGAUCGCGGCGAAGAACGUUGUGCGGGUACUCAUGUGGGCGGCGGAGAAGCGAUUGAUUACCACCGACUUCAUCCUCGCUCCUUGCGACCUCCUCCUUUCGCCCGCCAACGUCCACAACCCGACCAUCUCGCUCGCCUCGCUUCUCGACCGCCAUCGCUCGGACGACAACCUCUUGACCACCCUCUUCUCGGAACGGGCAGCGGGCAAUGUUGCUGAAGCGCGCAAGGACGGCCCGCCCGAGAUCUUGACGAUCUACGACCGAAAGACAUCCACCCUGCUGGACGUGCGCGAGAUGGACGACUACGACGACGACGAGAUCUCUCUGCGGACAUCUUUGCUUGCCAAGUUCCCCUCGCCGACCUUGACGACCUCCCUCCUCCCUACCCAGCUCUACAUCUGCUCCUCCCUCCUCCUCCCAAUCCUCACCUCGCCCAACUACUCCCGCCGCCUGCGACACAUGGAAGACUUCCCCACUCUCGCAGGCUGGCUCUCCCGCCUUUCCUGGCGCCACAAAGGCCGCGACCAACUCGGCGCGCUUUCAUCACUCAAGAGCUCAUCGACACGGGAAGACGCGCUUGCGAUGGGUCGGAGCACGACGCAGAGACCUGCGGGCAUCGCGAGGAAGGAUCUGGGUAUCGUCGCGCCUGGAACGGGAGGGGAGAUGUCGAUCCCUCAAACCGGCGCAAAUACUCCUGCGCUCGUCUCCCGAGCGUCGUGGAGGCCUGAUCUUGGAGCAGACGCAGGAGCCGGGGAGGAAUGGGCGGCGGGACUGGGCGGACGGAAGACGAGUGCGGCGAGCGCACGAGCGGGUGCAGGAGGGUGCAAGAUUGUGAUUUGGAAGCAGGCGGAUGGGUUUGCAGCGAGGGGAAACUCGGUCGGCGGGUUUGUCGAGAUCAACCGGGCGGCCCUCAAGCUCCUCCCUCCAUCACCGCCACCAACCUCGACUCCGUCCGGCGUCUUCCUCUCGCCCGACUCGCACCUCCACCCAUCCGUCUACAGCAACAUGGGCGAGAAGGUCGGCAUGAAGCGCUGCAUCGUCGGACGCAACACGAUCGUCGGCAAGGGGUCCAAGUUGACCAACUGUGUCAUCAUGGACAGCGUGGUCAUCGGCGAGAACGUCAAGCUCGACAACUGCGUCGUCUCGAACGGCGUGCAGAUCCGCGACCGAGCAGCGCUCAAGGACUGCGAGAUCGGGCGGGAUGUCAUUGUCGACUUUGACUCGCAACUCAAGGGCGAGCAGCUGGUUGUCGAGGUCGACUAG